AUGACUGGCCUUGUAGAACUCUUCAAGGACAAGGACAGCGAUGUACGAUAUUCUGCCGCUUCAGCUCUAGGUAACCAGUCGACCCUUCCAGAGACGGUCAUGACUGCCCUUACAGAACUCUUCAAGGACAAGGACAGCGAUGUACGAAGGUCUGCUUUUAAAGCUCUAGGCAAGCAGUUGACCCUUCCAGAGUCAACUAUGACUACUCUUAUGGAACUCUUUAAGGACAAGGACAACAAUGUACGAUGGUCUGCCGCUGAAGCUCUAGGCAACCAGUCAACCCUUCCAGAGAUGGCCAUGACUGCCCUUACAGAACUCUUUAAGGACAAGGACAGCUAUGUACGAAGGUCUGCUGCUAAAGCUCUAGGCAACCAUUCGAACCUUUCAGAGUUAACUAUAACUGCUCUUAUAGAACUCUUUAAGGACAAGGACAGCGAUGUACGAUGGUCGGCCGCUAAAGCUCUAGGCAAGCAGACCCUUCCAGAGACAACCAUGACUGCUCUUAUAGAACUUUUCAAGAACAAGGAUAGCAAUGUGCGAUGGUCUGCCGCUGAAGCUCUAGGCAACCAGUCAACCCUUCCAGAGACGGCCAUGACUGCCCUUACAGAACUCUUUAAGGACAAGGACAGCUAUGUACGAAGGUCUGCUGCUAAAGCUCUAGAAAAGCAGACCCUUCCAGAGAUAACCAUGACUGCCCUUGUGGAACUCUUCAAGGACAAGGACAGCUAUGUGCGAAGGUCUGCCGUUAAAGCUCUAGGCAACCAGUCGACCCUUCCAGAGUUAACUGUAACUGCCCUUACAGAACUCUUCAAGGACAAGGACAGAGAUGUACGAUAUUCUGCCGCUUCAGCUCUAGGCAACCAGUCGACCCUUCAAGAGACAGCUAUAACUGCCCUUACAGAACUCUUCAAGGACAAGGACAGCGAUGUACGAUAUUCUGCCGCUUUAGCUCUAGGUAACCAGUCGACCCUCCAAGAGACAGCUAUAACUGCCCUUACAGAACUCUUUAAGGAUGAGGACGGCUAUGUACGAAGGUCUGCUGUUGAAGCUCUAGAAAAGCAGACCCUUCCAGAGACGACUAUGACUACCCUUGUGGAACUCUUCAAGCACAAGGGCAGCAAUGUGCGAAGGUCUGCCGUUAAAGCUCUAGGCAACCAGUCGACCCUUCCAGAGUUAACUGUAACUGCCCUUACAGAACUCUUCAAGGACAAGGACAGCGAUGUACGAUGGUCUGCCGCUAAAGCUCUAGGCAAGCAGACCCUUCCAGAGACAACCAUGACUGCCCUUGUGGAACUCUUCAAGGACAAGGACAGCUAUGUGCGAAUGUCUGCUGCUAAAGCUCUAGAAAAGCAGACCCUUUCAGAGAUAACCAUGACUGCCCUUGUGGAACUCUUCAAGGACAAGGACAGCUAUGUGCGAAGGUCUGCCGUUAAAGCUCUAGGCAACCAGUCGACCCUUCCAGAGUUAACUGUAACUGCCCUUACAGAACUCUUCAAGGACAAGGACAGCGAUGUACGAUGGUCUGCCGCUAAAGCUCUAGGCAAGCAGACCCUUCCAGAGACAACCAUGACUGCCCUUACAGAGCUGUUCAAGGACGAGAAUAGCGACGUACAAAGGUCUGCCGUUGAAGCUCUAGAAAAGCAGACCCUUCCAGAGACAACCAUGACUGCCCUUGUAGAACUCUUCAGGGACAAGGACAGAGAUGUACGAUGGUCUGCCGCUGAAGCUCUAGGCAAGCAGACCCUUUCAGAGACGACCAUGACUGCCCUUGUGGAACUCUUCAAGGACAAGGACAGAGAUAACUCUUCAGGGACAAGGAUAGUGACGUACGAUCUUCCGCCGCUGAAGCUCUAG